AUGGACCCCGAGCAAUAUCCUUUCUUCCAGCUGCUUACCUCCAGCCUCGAGCCAAUCCUCGACUCGGCAACUCCUGAUCCUAAAGCGAUCCUCGAAACGACUCUUAUCGCAACGCUAAGAGGCCUACAAGAACUGCUCCGAAGAGAGCAACGGGCUGCAUUCCAUGACCAUCUGCCAGGUCUGAUCAGCUCGAUCGAAAACCGUGUAGCUAUUGCGGGUAUUGAUGCACAUCCUGUGACGUUCCAUGUCUUCUGCAAAAGCGUUGCAGAGCUUUUCGCGAUAGUAGGCCGCGCAACUGGCCUGCUGCAACAGGACGGAGAGCCGAAAAUAGAUGGUGUCUCAACUCAGCUGUCCCGACCUCCACCUAUCCCCGAGACCUCCUCAUACCACAACACCGCCACGGUUGUAACGACAAACGGGACAUCACAGAGACCAAGAUCCUUCCCAGUCCGCAAAAGACUUGGUAGUGGAACACCAGAGACCAAUGUGCGCUGGGAUUCCGGAACGCAGAUGCCCUACGCGCAGCUAUCGAUGAGUCACUGCAUCAGGCUCCGUCGCCGAGAAUGGCACGAUCAGGUUACCGAGGAGGCGAUGGCGGCUGUCAAGACGGCGAUGGGAGGCUUCGCUACGCACUGCGGUCACUGGUAUAAUUACGCCAAUGGCCGUCCUGUGAGCUUGUAA